CACUCAUGGUACGAUGGUUUCGUCUCCCACCAGCAGAAACUGUUCGUCUUUCAUUACCUAUACACUCUGUGUCAUGGUGGUGUUGCACGUAUUUGUGCUACUGCAUGUUCUUCGGCGACUCAAGCAGCACCAUCAACAAACGACGUAAGCAACCUCGUUUCGUGAGUGCUUGACUGCUAUAGUUCCCGGUUCGUGUAAGCGAACUUCCUUUUCUUCUCGUGAUAUACAUACGAUUAGUACCGUUUCUUGGUAAUUUACGGUAGCGAUGGAGGUGUGGACGGGACACCCGUGACCUCUGCCUCCAACCCACCCCGAAAGCUGUUCGCCGAGUGACAGAUUCUGAUCAGUGUUUGUUAAUGGGCUUGAUUGUUAUUUUUUGGAACAAGUGCUUUAUAUUAAACUAAUUAAAUGAAAGUAUAUAAACUAUAAAAAUGAAUAAGAUCUAUACUUUUGGGAAAGGCGAAAAUGGCAAAAAGGAAAAACCCAAAGCUGCUUUGUUAUUCCACGAUAUCACAAUACCACAGGGUUCGGAUCCCCGCAUAGCUACGUGCAGAGGAAAGCUCCAGAAUAAAAGGUCGAAACUAAACCAAGAAAUUAAUAAAGAACUACGCUUACGUGCUGGAGCGGAAAACCUAUUUAAAGCGACAACAAACAAAAAACUUAAAGAAACUGUGGCCUUAGAACUGAGUUUUGUAAAUUCUAAUCUUCAACUUCUUAAAGAAGAACUGGCCGAGCUUAACUCGUGCGUGGAAUUAUAUCAAAAUGACAGCUCGGGUGCAAUAAUGCCCAUGAUUCCCCUUGGCUUGAAAGAAACUAAAGAAAUCGAUUUCCGAGAACCAUUCAAAGAUUUUAUAUUGGAACAUUACAGCGAAGAUGCAAACAAGUAUGACGAAAUUAUUUCAGAAUUUAUGGAUAUUCGACAAGCAAUGAGAGUUCCUCUUCGAGACAAUUCCGGAAUAGCCCUUUUGUUUAAAUAUUUUAACCAAUUGUAUUUCGUUGAAAGAAGGUUUUUUCCACCUGACAGAUCCUUAGGCAUUUAUUUUGAAUGGUUUGAUUCAUUAACAGGUGUGCCAUCAUGUCAAAGGACCGUAGCUUUCGAGAAAGCAUGCGUUCUUUUUAAUAUUGGUGCCAUAUAUACCCAAAUAGGUACCAAACAAGACCGGCGAACGUCGAAAGGUUUAGAUUCAGCCGUUGACAGUUUCUUAAGGGCCGCUGGAACUUUUAGAUACAUACAAGAAAAUUUUACAAAUGCCCCGUCCAUGGAUCUUGGCCCUGAGAUGUUGGAAAUGCUUAUACAGUUAAUGCUGGCCCAAGCACGAGAAUGUCUUCUUGAAAAGUUAGAUCUCCAAUCCAAAGAAAAGAGAACGGUAGAUGUUUGCUUAGACCUAGCCCAAGAAGCUUCGUAUCUUGGGGAAUGUUACACUCACGUUCACCAAAUUAUCACGCACCCGUCAGUCAAAGACUUUGUUCCUUUCGGUUGGAUUUCCCUUCUUCAAAUGAAACAUGAAUAUUUCACGGCAAUGGCACACUUCCACGCAGCUUCUGGAAUACUACACGAGGACGCCAAAAACAUGUCACCCGCUACCAAAGAUUUAUUGCAUUUUUUACACUUGGAAAGCACUUCUACGCAAUUAAAUAUCCGUUCUCCAAAAGACGAGACAGAAAGAAAAUUGUUAGGAAAGGCGCAUCUUCGUCAAGCAUUGCUGGUGUAUGAGGAAUGCCAAAGGCUGCAAAGGCUCUGUAGGGAAUUAAAAGGAAAACAAGCUCUCACAUCCGUUUUGAGAAACGCUCAUAAUACAGCACUCCAAAUAUAUACAGAAAAUGAACAAGAAGACGAUUUCCGAGAUAUUUUGGAUCCUCCAGAUAUAGAAGGUAAUACUAAAUUCCAACUGUCUCUUACGCAACCGGAUUUUGCCCAAUUUCGAGUUAACGAUUUGUUCCGAAGUCUCGGACCGAUUGCAAUAUUUUCUGCAAAAAAACAUUGGUCGGCGCCAAGGCAAAUACAGUUACACAAAGGACGGAAUACGGACGGUUUUGGCUUUUCAGUUAGAGGUGAUGCUCCAGUAAUAAUAGCAAGCGUUGAUUCAAAUUCUUUAGCAGAGUUUGGUGGCGUUAAAGAGGGAGAUUUUAUUGUGGCGAUUGGGGACAAAGACGUCAAGUGGGCUUCCCAUGAUGAAGUGGUCACUUUGAUCAAAGAACACGAAAAAACUUUGUCUCUCAAACUUGUAACUCCCAUGGAUAGGAAUUAUUUGAAGCCAUUGGGUAAAUCAAACAAGGGAUCUAUUUCUACCCAUAGCAGUAGUUCAGGAGUGUCUAGUGGUCUAUCAAGUCCUUCGGGAUCUUUGGCCUAUCAUACAAAUCAUAAGAGACUCUCCUGGAAUUUAUUUAAACGACACUCCACGUCUCGAGAGGGAAAAGACUUAUUCGAAAAUGUGAUUUUAAGAUAGUCCGUUUUAAUAUAAGGUAAUUGUACUUUACCUGAUGUAUGUACACAUUGUUUAAUUUAUUUUUAUUUCCUGUAAAGGUCAAAGUAGUUUGACGAAUUUGU